CUUCCCUAAAAUAACAAGUCUUACAUGCACGCGCGCCAACAUCCCAUUAAAUCAUUCCCCCAUCUCCUCUACCUCCUCCUCCUCUCUAGACUUCCCUCUAUAUAACUCCUCCCUGUAGCCCUGCAGCUUCACCAGUGUACGCCAUCUCCCAUUCCUCUCAUCCUUCAAUCCUACUCUUUCCCACUAACUAGCAGUAGUCAUUCUAUUCUAUCAAGGCGUGCUCCAUUUCUAGCUUUCAUUACUAAUCAAGUACUCAUCUAUUACAAUGUCCCCUUCUCAGUCUCAACAACAGCAGCAGCAUCAUAAACAUAAUCACUGCUAGUUUUUCUUCCACUACUCAGCUUUUUCUUUUGACAACAACAAUCCCAAACCAGACAUACUCAUUUCAAUACCCUCUACUUUCUUCUAUAUAUUCUCAAUGGAUUACACAAGAAAAUCUUACUUCUUACAACAAGAACAAGAAACAUAUCACUUUCAUCAUCAAGAAAAGAAGCAUUCCAAUAAUCUUCAUCAUCAACUUCCACAUCUGAAUACUUCGUUUUCUUCGUCUUUACUCGACGAAAUCUACAAGUCGUUCGACGAAACAACAAGCUAUAAUCCGUCGUCGUGUUUCGAAGAAACAAAAACAAUUACCAUGAAGAAGAAGAUGAUGACACAGAGCUGUAUUGCUGCUCCGAUUACAAGCAGCAGAACUAGUAGUAUUAUUAACAAACAACAUUCUUCUGUUAAAGGGGCGAGUAAUAGAGAUCAUCAUCAACAGAGAGAUUUUGUAGCAGUGAAAGAAGAAUCAGGGAGAACGAAACAGAGGAACAUUGUUGAUAAAUGGGUUCUUGAAAAGAAGAAGAAGAAGACGAAUACCAAAGGAAAUGAUCAAAAACUAAUUGUUGAUUCAAAUAAUAAGAUUAACUUGAGGAAGAAAACGGCAUCAUCGGUUCCGGUGGAUACGACUCAUCAUCGGUGUUUACAUUCUACUUCGAGUUCUUCGGAUUCUAGUUCCGGUGGAGGGUUUUCUUCGUCGGAGACUGAAUCAGUUUAUGGAUCAAGAACGGCGAAAUCAACCAAAUCUUCGAAUACUGGUUCAUUUUUUGUGAAACCAAUUAGAACUAGAGGUAGUAGUACCGUUCAUCAUUCAGAAAAAAAUGAUCAAAUUCUUAGAAGCCACCAAUCGAAAUUGAAGACAGAGGACAACGAAAGCCGUAGCGGUGGUGGAAAUGGGAAAGCAAAAUCGAGAGCAAUGAAGAUUUACAACGAUUUGAUGAAAGUAAAACAACCGAUUUCUCCCGGUGGAAAAAUCUCGAGUUUUCUCAAUUCUCUCUUCACACCUAAAAAAUCAUCAAAUGAUUUUCCGGCAACAACAACAAAAUCCACGUUUACAAGAACAACAGCACCACCGGUCACGGCGGCAACACCAACAUGUUCAUCGGCUUCUUCGUAUUCAAGAUCAUGUUUAACCAAAACUCCAUCGCUGAGCAACAAUGUAAAUCUGAAACAGAGAUCUGUUAGAUUUUAUCCAGUUAACGCCAUUGUUGACGAUUCUUCCAAACCUUCUCGAGAACAAUCUCAACCUAAACAUCAUAAUCAGCAGCAACAGCGUAGGAGUAAUCGUAUUGGCAGCGAAGAAGAAUUCAAGAACAAGAUUAGUGAAAUUAAGAAGAAUAAUCAGCAAAGGUUCUUAGUUGAAGAAGUAAUCGACAUUGAUAAAAUGCUAAUGGCAAAUUAUCAAAGAAAAGAUGAGAAGAAUCUGAAAGUUGAAGAUGAAUAUGAUGAUGAUAGAGCUAGUUAUGCAAGUUCAGAUUUGUUCGAACUUGAUAAUUUAUCAACAAUUGGAUUAGAGAUUAAUGCUGCUAGGUUUAGUGAAGAACUUCCUGUGUAUGAAACUACUCAUUUCGAAACUAAUCGUGCCAUUGCUAAUGGUUUUAGAGUGUAAUUCUUAGUUUAACCAUUAAUUUUUAUUAACUCCCAAUUUUUGUCUUUUA